UCCUCCUCCUCCUGCUGCUGCUCCUCCUCCUCCUCAGCAUCAGGACCGAGCUCCAGGCCUCACAGCAGCACCAUGGACGACGUCCCUGAGAUCAUCACCCUGUCCAUCGCGCUGCGGAUCCAGCCCAACGAGGGCCCGGUCUUCUUCAAGGUGGACGGGACGCGGUUCGGCCAGAGCCGGACCAUCAAGCUGCUCACCGGCUCCAAGUACAAGAUCGAGGUGGUGAUGAAGCCCGGGAGCGUGCAGGCCACAAACAUGAACAUUGGGGGCAUCGUCUUCCCUCUGGAGCAGCAGUCCAGGGACGAGGAAUCUGUGGUUUACCACGGUCUGUACGACACGGAGGGUGUCCCCCACACCAAGAGUGGAGACCGGCAGCCUGUCGAAGUCAGCAUCGAGUUUAACAAGGCAGGGACAUUUGAGACCGUCUGGCAGGCCAAAUACUACAACUACUACAAGAGGGAGCACUGCCAGUUCGGCAACAAGUUCAGCAGCAUCGAGUACGAGUGUAAACCCAACGAGACCCGGACACUGAUGUGGAUCAACAAGGAAGCCUUCAACUGAGGCCUACACCUGCUGGGUGUACUAGCCAUUCCCCAGAGCUCAGAGAGAGAGAGAGGGAGAGAGAGAGAG